AUUUGUUUGUUUACAUUUCACAGGCCAGCAUGCCGUGUACGCGAUUGCUGCUGCAGUUCUUGCUUUAGUAAUGACUCUCUCAAAGAAUUUGGAGAAAAAAAUUGGUAAAAAAAUCAAACGGUGCCAGCUGCUCAUUGAAAAGGAUGCUGGAACUCAGUUUUGUGAUGAUCCAACGGAUUUUAUCGUAAUCUGCAACGCGGGCCUUUCGACAGGUUUACAGCAAGAAGCUCUACUAGCAGAAGCUCUGCCGCAUGGACCGAUUCAACAGGUCCGGUUUCCUCCGGGCAAAUCGUACUGCUUCCUCCAUUGUACGUCCAAAGCUAGUGCUCAUGCGGUGUAUAUGGCGCUGAACGGUGUUUGUACGCUGGGUCAAGAUGGAGCCGUACUGCUGCUGGCAUUUUGCAAUGCCCUUCCUCCGUGUCUGGAUAAUAAUGGUCCAUGGUGCAGCAACAAUCUACCCAGCGGUCUGAUACUGGAACGUGAUUUUAUCGACGAGGCAAUGGAAAAGGUUCUGUUGGAAGCUGUUAAUUGUGACGAUAGUGAAGCAACCGACUUGCAAUUCAAGAAGACCCUCAAGCAUCGCAAAGUAAAGCAUUUUGGGUACGAAUUUGUUUACGGAACAAAUAAUGUGGAUAAGACGAAGCCGCUGGAACGAAAAAUACCCGCCGUGUGUGAUGAGCUGUGGAAAAGGCUUCAAAAUUUGCACCCCGAACUGCGCUGGCACGUUCCGGAUCAGCUAACGGUGAACCACUACGACCCCGGGCAGGGCAUACCACCGCACGUAGACACUCACAGUGCCUUCGACGAUCCAAUACUAUCCCUCUCGCUUGGAAGCGACGUAGUGAUGGAAUUUAAACAACCCUUCUCGGGGAAGCAGGUUUGUGUGGACUUACCUGCCAGGUCGCUGCUAAUAAUGGGCGGAGAAAGCCGAUACGAUUGGACGCACGGUAUAACACCCCGCAAGAUGGACACGGUUCCAGCAUCGAACGGUGGAUUGACUGUACGCAAGCGAAAGCUUCGAGUUUCGUUAACGUUUCGACGAUUACUUCCGGGCGAACGUUGCGGUUGCCCAUUUCCCAGCCUCUGUGACACCGCGGAAAAGCAAACCAUUUUGCUGGAAUGUCACGCGGCACAGGUCGAAGCACAGAACGUUCAUCGGGUUUACAAUGAGAUAGCGAAACAUUUCAGCGACACUCGACACUCACCAUGGCCAAGGGUAGAGGCGUUUGUGCGAUCGUUACCUGCAGGGGCGGUUUUGCUAGACGUUGGUUGCGGAAACGGAAAGUAUCUAGCUUCGAGCGAAUGUGCUCUGAUGCUCGGAUGUGACCGUAGCGAGGGUUUGCUGCAGGUUUGUGUGGAUCGAGGAUUCAAUGUGCUGCAGUGUGAUUGUCUCGCAGUACCGUUCCGCGACGAAUCGGUCGACGCCUGCAUAAGUAUUGCGGUCAUUCACCAUCUAGCAACCGAUCAGCGACGCAAACAGGCCAUUUCAGAGAUGGUACGCGUGUUACGACCCGGUGGUAAAGCGCUGAUUUACGUGUGGGCCAAAAAUCAGGAAGCUAAUGCGAAAAAAUCCAGCUACUUGCGGCAAAACAAACACAACAACAAACCAAGUACUCAGAACGAUCCAGAAUCAGCCCAGGAAGGUUCUCCGAUGGUGCAAACGGAAAAUGUUAUUGUUGGAGCAACCGAUUGCACGCUUCCGGUGCAUACAAACCGAACACAGUUUCAACACCAGGAUUUGCUCGUACCGUGGCAACUGCGAACUAGCGAAUCGAUGGAAAAGACCACAUUUUUACGGUACUAUCAUGUUUUCGAAGAACACGAGCUGGAAAAACUCUGUCUGGACAGUGGUGAUCAAAUCACGCUAGUCGAAAGCUACUACGAUCAGGGAAAUUGGUGCGUAGUGUUGGAAAAGAAACAUCACUCAAACCCAACCACGGUCGACUAGGCGUCACCGGUUUCUUCGUCCCCAGCUUUGGCUACGCUGUAAAACUGUACCAGCUCGUCAUACGAAUAAUUGUCGAGCAAUUCAAUCAACUGUGGCAGCUUGGUUUUUACGUUCACCCCUUUAAACUUGAACUUGUCGAUGUACAAGUCCGUGAGAAUGCCAUAAAUUCGAUUCAGUAUCGUCGGCUGCUUCCGAAAUUCCGUACCGAGCGAUUGCUGGUUGCGAAUGAGCGCGCGAUACUCUUCGGCCAGCGUAUUGAACUCGUCGUCGUCCCGAAUGUCCAGAUCGAGGAGAGCCUGGGCGAGCUGAUAAUCCUUGGUAAGCUUAUUGUAGUGUAGAAUCAUGGGUUCGAUGAGCUUGAUCAGCGAGGGAAUUGUGGAUUCGUUAAUGGCUGCAAUGAAACAACAGGAUCACCGUUAAGGAAA